AUGGGAAUUUUAGUUGGAGUGGGACAAGACAGAGUUUAUGAAAGGAAUGAUGUCACUACAAAAUUUAAAGUUAUUGAGUUAGAGUCAGAUGGUAUAAGGAUUGAAUGUGCACUGUUUGGAUCCUAUGUUGAUGAACUGGAUGCAUAUUUGCAAUCCGGUUAUAAUCAAAAUGUUGUUGUACUUGCUCAGUUUCUAAAAGUGAAGAUGUUUAAUGGUAAAAGCCAACUACAAAAUGCAAUGAACUGUACUAAGCUUUUAUUCAACCUUGAAAUUCCUGAGUCAGUUUCUUUCAAACUCAAACACUCGCAUAACUUUGACUCGCCAACUCAACCAUUAACUCAUAAGAAGGAUACUUCUCAUUUGAGUUUAGAAGAAGAAUUUUUAAGUUUUUUACAACGCAUGACUAUAGAGGAAUUUAAGGAUUUUAAACAUAUUCUUGGUGAAGGGGAUUGGUGGUAUGGAGCAUGUGUAUGCAACAAAGGAGUUGUUAUUGAAUCUAAAAGGUACCAUAUCAAGGUUAGAGUCGUUGAUGAUACUGAUUCUGCUACCUUUGCCAUAUUUGAUCAUAACGGAAUUUCGCUAACAAAUAAAUCAUGUCUAAAUUUGCUUCAUGAAAUGGAUCAAGAUCCACAAUCUGACGCCGUGCCAAAAGAAAUUGGAGAUUUGGUUGAAAAACAAUUGCUAUUUAAGAUAGAGGCAAAAAAUGAUGUGAACUCAAAUUUUGAAAAAUCAUUUUGA